AUGACGAGCCUUCAUGCGGUCACUCGGCAUCCGUUCUUUUUCCUUCUCGCAACCUCUACUCUCCUGGUGAAUCAGAUAUCUGCACUCGGCUUCGCAGAUUGUCUGGAGACCGUAAAAAGAGAGUUGCCUAUCGAUGGCACGCCGAACGCCAAUGGCACGACGCUGAACACUAAUGCCCAGGUUUUUCGUAACGGCUUCGAUGUGGUUUAUCAUGGCCCUCUGCGCGGGUUUGUAGGCGAGUCGCGCCCAAUCACACUUACAAAAGAUGGAUGCAUUGAGAUGUGCGGUGCUGCUCCGAAGUACUACAGCGUAACAGACGCGUUCCAGAUUCUCACGACAUGGAUCUUCCCAACCUUGGCCCUUAUGAGCCAACUCCCGUAUGAGUCUCUUUCGUACAGGAAGAUAAAGAACGCCGAGGCCUUUGCCAACUGGAUAGGUGCACCGGCCGCCGCUUUAACGACGACAAUAUGGAACAUCAUGAUGAUUGCUAGGUGUCAGUCUCUGCCUCAUCAAUUUCACCUGCGGGACGACCAGGACCUGAUCAAGGAUGCCUUAUACAUCUUAAGCUGCAUCAACCAGUAUCAGUACCCUCGUCGGAAGGGUCAGCAAGAUCAGGACAGACGAAGAGACACUGCAUUGCUCAGAGGUGUUCUUUUCCCCUACGUCAGGAGGGAUAGCCCGGAACUGUCCCAACCCGUGCGUGAAAAGCUCGUACACCUCACGAAACACCUGGCUUUCCACCUAAGGCAAUAUAGGCGCAAGGGUGUGUAUCCAAUUUACAUUUCGAUCGUCUGGUUCGGCAUCGCAUUCGCCUUCUCUAUCGUAAUUGCAUUCGCGACAUUGGGCGACAACACCACGGCCCACUCACUGGCGCUGGGGCUACUUCUAUCUUGGGUUCCGGUAGUGGUUUUUGCCUCGGUAGUGGACAGAAACCCGACGUCCGACACGCGAUGCCGGGUGCUGAUCGAGCGCUGGAUGUUCAACACCGAUCUUCUCUUCGAGCAAGGCGUAAAUGCAUGGGUUCCUUGGCGAGCUCCAGACGGCACACACGAUGGCGACGACACGGACGACUUCGAAAUUGGGGAUUUUAUGGGCCAAGGCCGCACCCUCCGAUACUGCGGCGUCACAGAUACCGUUCUGGAUAAGAUUGCCAACCGCCGCAAGGCUCCGAUCAAUCUUCUUGCGUUUGUCGAUAUGGACGACUUUCGAAAAUUCCAGAAGUCGUUGACAACCCGCCCGACAGGAUGGUACGUUGUCUGGCUCAUCAGCCAAUUUAUUGUCAGCACCAGUUUUGGAAUGGCGUUCAUGGUCUCGUUCAACACCCCUACCAUCGGCUUGGGAUGUCGAUCGCUCAUGUACGUCGUGUGGUACACACUUACUCUUCCUUCGUGGAUACUUCUCGGCAUACAGCAGGAACCAUGGAUAAGCAUUCGCAAGGCCAUGAUGCUACCCAAUGCUCUCGCGGUGAUCAUGAUAGCUGGGAUAAUGAUAGUUCACGCCAUCGGUGGCUUGAAUAACUGCACGUGCAAGUCCAGUGUAUUUGGUCUGUCAAGUUAUGGAGGCUACAUGGACUUUGAAAACGGAGAGUUCUAUCAGAAUCAUUACGGUGUGCGUGUGUGGUGGGGCGUAGGUACCGGAGUAGGCGGCGCCGUUCUUUGUUUGUCACUUGCUUGGCUUGCUUGGAAAUGGCACAAGGCUUCAGGACUUUGGAAGGUAACCGGAGAUACGAAGUUGACAGUCACUGAAGAUACGCCCCUACAGUGGCUGACGUGA